UUUCCGCUUCCUCAUUCGUCUGGGGCCGCGGGGGCCGCUGGGAGAGUUGCUGUCUGCGGGUCCGGUGCGGGGUGACCGCAGGAGACCCCGGAAACUGCGUCACUGGCGGCGGCGCCUCAUUAAUAUACAGACUGAUUAACAUAAUGUCCUGAUCGCGGCUCCGCUGUGUGUGUACAGGCGGCUGUGCGGGCUGCGGCAUCCGAGCGGUGUGCGGCCUGGACGGGAUGGGGGACAGCAGGGUUUGCCAUAGCCCAGACACCUCCUCGCUGAGCCCACCUUUGGGGCGCCCGUUGAGUGACACCCCCCCACCUAGCGCUCCCUUGCACCCCUCUAUGAUCGGAUCCGCCAUGACCUCCUCGGUGAACUCUCCUCUGGGAAGCCUCAGCUCUCCUUUUCCCGUCAUUAACUGUUCCGUGGGCUCCCCCGGAAUCCCCGGCACCCCGUCUAUAGGGUACGGCCCCGUCAGCAGCCCCCAGUCUUUUCUCUUCCCCUCCUCCGUACAGAUAAAUUCCACCGUGAACCUCUCUGGCCUGCAUCCUGUCAGCUCUUCUGAAGACGUGAAGCCUCCUCUGGGGAUGAGAGUCAUGGGCGGCCAUCCCAAUGGAGGAUCAUCCAGUGGAAAGCGGCUGUGCGCCAUCUGUGGAGACCGCUCCUCUGGGAAACACUACGGGGUGUACAGCUGUGAGGGCUGCAAGGGCUUCUUCAAACGCACGAUCCGCAAGGACCUGACCUACACCUGUAGAGACAACAAGGACUGUAUCGUGGACAAGAGGCAGAGGAAUCGCUGCCAGUACUGCCGCUACCAGAAGUGUCUGGCCACUGGCAUGAAGCGGGAGGAUAUUCUUCCCGGAGGGCUCUAUAGACUUAAAGGGGGUUUCCAGAUGCUCCAGGGGCUAGCGGUGCAGGAAGAACGUCAGCGAGGCCGGGAGCGCGAAGGAGAGGCGGAGUACAGCGGCUCAAUAAACGAGGAGAUGCCUGUGGAGAAAAUCCUAGAGGCGGAACUGGCGGUGGAACAGAAGAGUGAUCAGAGCCUCGAAGGCGGUGGAUCUCCCAGUGAUCCGGUGACCAACAUCUGUCAAGCUGCUGAUAAACAACUUUUUACUCUUGUGGAAUGGGCCAAGAGGAUCCCGCACUUCUCUGAGCUGCUAUUGGACGAUCAGGUUAUACUGCUUAGAGCAGGAUGGAACGAGCUCCUCAUCGCUUCUUUCUCCCACCGCUCCAUCUCUGUGAAGGACGGCAUCUUGCUGGCCACAGGACUGCACGUCCACCGUAACAGUGCGCACAGUGCCGGCGUGGGGGCCAUAUUUGACAGAGUUCUUACUGAGCUUGUGUCUAAGAUGAGAGACAUGCGCAUGGACAAGACUGAGCUCGGCUGUCUGCGAGCAAUUAUAUUGUUUAACCCAGAUGCCAAAGGACUGUCAAACCCGGGAGAUGUGGAGGUUCUCAGAGAGAAGGUCUAUGCAUCUUUGGAGUCGUACUGCAAGCAGAAGUAUCCAGACCAGCAGGGGAGGUUUGCAAAGUUGCUCCUCCGCCUCCCGGCCCUGCGCUCCAUCGGACUCAAGUGUCUGGAACACCUCUUCUUUUUCAAACUCAUUGGAGACACUCCAAUAGACACCUUCUUGAUGGAGAUGCUCGAGGCACCCCACCAGCUGUCGUGAGAGACUUGACCGUAGCUGCAACCUGCUGCUCCAUUCUGAGAGACGGCUAGAAUACAUACUCUAAUAGAUCGCUUCCAAUUGGAGAUUUAUAUAGGCACCUCAAAAAGCUACCCCGAGAGAUGGCCUGAACUGGUGACAGACUGCUGGUCCCCUCCGGUGACAGAUCUCGGUCUUCUCUCUCUCUCAUAGAUGCAUCCACCUCAGAAGGGUUGGACUGAAUGCAACUAAUUUGUAGGGCGCGUUAAUGAAUGGCCCAAAAUAGACCUAACCUUCCUGGUACCUCCCGAAAUUGAUUACAACCUAAUGACUGCUGCUGAGGCUUCCACUAAUCAUGAAGACGUGGGCUCCACGAACUUUGGGACAAGGGUUUUUCCUUUUUUUUCAUUCAGACACUCCUAUGCAAUAUCCUUCAUUAUGCUAAAAAUGGAUGUCUUGGAAGUGGGGCACCCACCCGUGCGUGCCAGAAGGAGCUCUUCUGAGAGAUGCGAACUCUAUGACGGAGACCUGCGCCAAGUGGCAGCCAUCUUGGUAAAGGACUGUUAAACGGAAAAAUGGACUAUUGACGUUUGGUAUUGAUUCCUGGGGUUCUCUGUAUAACGUGUAAGGAGUUCAAUCUGUUCAGUCGAUUCAGAACAGACCCCCGCGCCCCACCCUGUCUGGCUUUUUAGGUGCCCUGUUUGAUUACUGCACUUAUUAGGGUAGAGGGGUGACUACUUGGGUGAAGGGGACCUCUGUAUGAUUUCUUGGUGUCGCUCAUUAACUCUGUUGGGGGGGGCUGUUGCUGGCGUCUCUGCUUUUUUCCUUGGUGGUGGUGGGGGGGGGGUUUAUCUUGAGGAAAACGAGGGAUCCCUGCACCUUGAUCUUUUCCCUCGAGGAGAGAUCCAUGACUUUUGACUCCUCUGCUUGGUUCAACCAGUUCUUAUACGAUCAAUGAUGUAUUUGGAAGGAAGAUUAUUGUAUUGCACAUGAUUUUAAGACUUUGGGGUGAGAAAAAGACCUGUCUCCAGAUUAUUUUUAUUUUUUAUGCAUCCAGUUUGCUGGUUUCCCAUAAUAUAAGAUUUUAUUUCUAAUAACCUGCCCUGGGCAACGAAUUGGUAUUUGGGAAUCGGCACCCACAGCGAUUUCCCCGUUGAUGCCUGGUUUUAAGGUGUGGUGUGUGCCCCCUCUACUUUUUAAGAAGGUUUUUUUUUGCUGCUAGAUCACGCCCUUCGAUGUUUCUCUCCCCUCCCCGUCAUCCUUAAUGUCUCCUUUUCAUUUCUCUUUCCCUCUCAAUUGAAAUCCCCCUGAAGUUUUAGCCCGUCGUGUCCGUCUAUCUCACUCACUGUAAUCGGUAAACAAAGUUGUGUCGCCGUCUUAAUCCAGCCCUUGCCUGCGGAUACGAGUGAUGUCACACGCAGAAACCCAGCCACACUUUGUUAUAUACACUUUCUAGGAGGCAGUUCCUCGUGGGAGGGGAUGGUAAGGUAGGUGAAGACUCCUCCCACCGGUAGCCCCGCCCCUACUCUGCGCUCGUUUAUUAUUCCUGUUGCUUGGAAUGAAUAUUAAAGAGAAUUUAGCUCUGUC